AAAGUCUCCGGGAUAUUUCACACAUCUCGUUCUUCCACAUUCACGUUUACACACCUCAUAUUUUCAAAGUAUUUUUUGCUUGCUUUGCAGACUCAAUCUUUUGCAGACAUGCCCGGCAUCAUCGUCGAUGUACCUCCAGCCCUUGACUUUACUCAAUGGAUCUUCACGGCUGCCUUGAUUUUUCACAUUCGCUUGGGUAUUGAGCUUUACCAGUUUGGUAAAGGCUUCAAAUAUCUCAAGCUGCGGAACGGAAAGUUGAACUGGCUUGCGAUCCUUUUGCAGGGACAUCUUGUUGCUGCUAUUAUUGAGGCAUCACUGAUGACUAUCAUGUUGGGAGGUUUUGUCAAGCAACAAUACUGCCAACCCUUCAUCCGCGGUGUAUAUUCCGUCUACGUCUUCGAUGUCAUUUGUAUCAGCACCGUCCUAUACUUUCGCGCCUUUAAGGUUAACAAUAGAAAUAAGUACCUCCUUCCUGCGGCAUUUUUCUUCCCUGCUUUGGAAAUUGCCUCGCGUAUUACCGAAGGGGUUUACAUUGAUGGCACGAUUGAUGCUUCGUACGUUCCACCAGGAAUGCUUUCUCCCUUCUAUGGGUUCUGCGGGGCUCUUUUUGGCUGGCCUACAACCUUCAUCACCGUUGCUUCCAUUCUAAACGACUGCGUACAGAUGCUCAUGUUUGGUUUCCCUAUUUACAUGGCGAUCAGGAAAUCGCACGGAUUCGGUGCAACUGGCACAUAUACCAAGAUCUUGAUGAACAGUGCCAUCUACCUCGCCAUUGCCGCCAUCUUUUACAUUGCAUCCGCUGCUCUUGGUUCUAAUCACAACACUUGGGGGGCCGUGACCUGGCGUGAGGUUGCCCAGCUAGCGCACACUCUCGGGGCUUGUGAGCUCCAGUUCAAUGACCACCGAAAGACAACCGGAUCAUCAGGUGCAGACUCUGCCCCUCAACCUACAUCUCACACCAUGGGCGGAAAAGGCUCUAUGGCUGGCAGGUCUGGUGCCAUGCUAGUAGAUGCCAUUCCCAGAUUGCCCGUCGACAGUACCUCUACCUCAAAACUUCAUUCCGACCAACACUUUUAAGCAAUUUGCGGGAAGUUCCGGAGGGACGUGAUAUCUUCCUCUGUUCUCAGUUUUAGUCAGUAGUUCUUUACAAUUAGAUGCGCGUAUGUCAUAAAUGGGUAUAUACCCCUUGCGUGUAGAGAGACUCCACCACCAAGAACGUAGGACGAUCCCAAGACCAUUGUAAGGCGGAGACCACAAAGAAGACCCUCGUAGUCGUAUCAUGGUGCAAACAUAGCUCUCGCUCAUGGUGAAGUAGGAUAUUUGGCCGGACCAGAGUUACAUGCUCGUGAAAAUCAAGAAAUAUAAAAUCCUAUUCUGCAA